CGAGGAACCGGCAGCCGCCAAUGGGAAGGGAGCGAGUGCCACGAACAGGCCAAUAAGGAGGGAGCGGUUCGGGGUUUAAACCUAAGGCGAGGCGGCUGCUCCCGGCGUGCUGCGGAGGAACGGCUGUUGAUCUGUGGGUGCAGGUCCUGGGCUGCUCUGGGGCUCCCGCUCUGUUCUCGCCGCUGAGCUGCUGCCCGGGGAGAGGAAGCCAUGGCGCUGCGGGUCACCAGGAACACGAAAAUUAAUGGUGAAAAUAAGGCGAAGAUUAGUAUGGCAGGCGCAAAGCGUGUGCCUGUGGCCUCUGCUGCAGCUUCCAAACCCGGGCUGAGGCCAAGAACAGCCCUUGGAGAUAUCGGAAACAAAGUCAGUGAACAGCCCCAGGGCAAAAUGCCUCUGAAAAAGGAAGCAAAAACUUUAGCGGCUGGGAAAAUGAUGGCUAAAAAACUACCAAAACCUCUGGAAAAGGCACCUGUGCCUGUGGUGGAACCAGAGCCGGAAUCUGAGCCUCAUCCUGAACUGGAAUCUGAGCCUGUUAAAGAAGAAAAACUUUCUCCUGAGCCUAUUUUGGUUGAUACUCCCUCUCCAAGUCCAAUGGAAACAUCUGGAUGUGCCCCUGCAGAAGAGUAUCUGUGUCAGGCUUUCUCUGAUGUAAUUCUUGCAGUAAAUGAUGUGGAUGCAGAAGAUGGAGCUGAUCCAAACCUUUGUAGUGAAUAUGUGAAAGAUAUCUAUGCUUAUCUGAGACAACUUGAGGAGGAGCAAGCCAUUAGACCAAAAUACCUACUAGGUCGUGAAGUCACUGGAAACAUGAGAGCCAUCCUAAUUGACUGGCUGGUACAGGUUCAGAUGAAAUUCAGGUUGCUGCAGGAGACUAUGUACAUGACUGUUUCCAUUAUUGAUCGGUUCAUGCAGAAUAAUUGUGUACCCAAGAAGAUGCUGCAGCUGGUUGGUGUUACUGCCAUGUUUAUAGCAAGCAAAUACGAAGAAAUGUACCCUCCAGAAAUUGGAGAUUUUGCCUUUGUGACUGACAACACUUACACUAAGCACCAAAUUAGACAGAUGGAAAUGAAGAUUUUAAGAGCUUUAAAUUUUGGCUUGGGUCGCCCUCUGCCUCUGCACUUCCUUCGGAGAGCUUCUAAGAUUGGAGAGGUUGAUGUUGAGCAACAUACUUUGGCCAAAUACCUGAUGGAAUUAACUAUGUUGGAUUACGAUAUGGUGCACUUUCCUCCUUCUCAAAUUGCAGCAGGAGCUUUUUGCUUAGCUCUGAAAAUUCUUGACAAUGGUGAAUGGACACCAACUCUACAACACUACCUGUCAUACACUGAAGAAUCCCUUCUUCCUGUGAUGCAGCACCUGGCUAAGAAUAUAGUCAUGGUGAAUCGUGGACUUACAAAGCACAUGACAAUUAAGAACAAGUAUGCGACAUCUAAGCAUGCCAAAGUCAGCACUCUGGCACAGUUGAAUUCUGUAAUAGUUCAAGAUUUAGCUAAAGCUGUAGCAAAAGUGUAACUUGUGACUUGACUUGGGAGUACUAUAUGUUAACUUGACUUGGGAGUACUAUAUCUGCAAAUAAAAUUGGCACCAUGUGCUAUCUGUACAUAUUAUGUUCAUUUACUUUUAAUAAAGUUUGUGGUCCUUUUUACCUAUACCUUUACUCAUGGCUACUUCCUACUCUAGAAUAAAUCUAAAAGUUAUCUUAAAGGUAUGGUGGGGGGAUCUAAAAAAUGCUUUCAGUUUACCUGGGAAUGCAACAAAUGUAUAUAACUGUUGCUUAUGUAUUUGGCUCUUGUUUCUUGUUGUAUGUAUCUUGGUAUUAAUGAUUGAGGUGAACACACUAAAAACACUUAUUCCCAUAGGGCAUAUUGCCUAUUAGCCCAGUCAUUUUGGAGAAUCUGCUGCUUAGUUCUACUUAGUAAAUGUCUACCACUUGAUCCCUAAUGCUGCCUGUUUCAUUUCUCUUGGUGCUUGCUGCCAUAAUUCCAAAUGCGUUGUUGCCACUAAUUUUCACCUUUAGCUAUUACCAACUUUUUCACUAGAAAAAAAUUCUAUAUUCAAAACUUAGUUAACUUUUUGUUGGUUAAGAAAAUAAAAUAGGGCCUCCCCGGUGGCGCAGUGGUUGAGCGCUGGGUUGUGAAGCUGCCCGCAGCCUCUGCA